UAUCCUUUUGCGGUGAUGACUGUUGUAUGAUUGGCUCAGCACAAUAAGUAAUCUGAUAUGUUUCGCAUAUCCGCCCACCUGAAGUCUUUUGCAGAUAGAAAUGGCGACCAAUCCACAUCAACCCUGUACGUCUGGAGAAGUCAAGCCCAAGUCCACGCAUGCGAUCAAUGGUACACAAAUCCAUAAAAUCUCCAGACUCACUAAGCCUUUGAGUCACCUCUGGAGCCACGCCCUCGGUACAGCUCUUCUUUAAAAGCCCAUCGAACCCCCCUCCUUCGACGAUUCUCUCCAACACUCUUACACCAACUUUUGAGCGAAGCCAUUUUCCCCAGAACGGAUCACGUGAUCUAAACUAUCUCCGAGGUUUACCCGAAAUCCACCAACAGCACCAGCAAUCAUCACAAGCCUACAAGAUGAUUUCGGAACUUGUCCCACCACCUUCCGCUCGUCUUGGCAAGCGCAAGGCCGAGGUCUGUGCGCCCUUUGAAGCAUCAAAGAAACCAAGGCACAUCAAUAGCGCGCACCAACCCUCCUCAGAUCGCGCCAACAUGGACAUUGCCGCCCUUGUCAACCCUCAGCCAGAGGGGCUCCUUCGCCGGUCGUCUUCUGGCACCCAUAACGGCGUCGCGUCCAGCCCUAUCACCCCUUCUGUCACUCUUCCGACUCGCCCUCCCUCAUCGAGCAGUAAAGUGAUGACUGGGAAACGCAAACGACAUGACCCUAAACCCAUCUGGGCCUUCCGCGAGGACGAAACCGACUCUGAUGGGAAUACUUUCAACCAAUAUCAAGAUAAACUACAGAAGCUCCGUCCGCAGCCUGCCACGCCGCAACAGCCUCUGGCACCUCCUCAGGCUCGACCUCAUCCUCCCGCUGCCCAUAACUCUGCUCUGGCAUCCAAUGGCAGUGGUCCAAAACCACCAAUCUCAAACGACCUGACUGGCUACGCCCGUCCCGUGUCUGAUGAUGCCGAGGUCUACGACGAAGUUUCGCGCAAAGUGUGUGACUUCAUAUGGACUGGGGUUAUCGAUAAUCCCCUGGUCCGCAAAGCCAUUUCUGAAUCAGAGGGCACCCAGAUUGAAGUUGAAGCUCGCUGGGGACAAAUGAAAGAGCGAGAUACUGGGAUGCGUAUUCAGGGCGUACAUAUGACCGAGACCGUCAUCAACCCCGGUUAUGCCACCGAUAGGACGAAGUUUGAAAGCACUAUGACUAUGGAGCAACAUAAGAGGAUGAACGGCUAUCUCAACAACCAGGUGCAAAAGUCUGCCAGCAAUCCCUCCCGAGCACGAGUUGACUACAAACACACCAGAGAGAUUGACCAGCUUUACGAGUUAAAUCAGGAGGGAUUCAGUCUUUUGCCGCCUGCGGUCCGAGAGAUCGUGCAAGCUUCCAAGCGACGUCCUAGAGUGCGUGUCACACGCGACGCAAAGGAACCGUCCAAGAUCCUCAACACAAUCAUCAAAACUCCGCUCGAAAAUCUAGAGAUCAGCUCUCCGCAGACCGAAUGGGAUUAUCGGAUUGGUGUCAAUCUUGAAAUCAAAUAUCCCGGACCGAUCGACAAUCUCGUGCCUGUCGUUGAACAGGGCAAGUCGAUCGAAUCCAUGAAGAGAUACAAGGACCGCGUCUCAUACUCCUGGUUGAACGCCUACCAAAUCGACUUGACACAAGUCCGUCAAGGCGAUAACAAAAAUCACGAGCUGGAGUUUGAAUUAGAUUCGGACGUGCUCCUGAAGAACGGCGAUCACAUUCUGCAGACAAAGCAGCCCAGCAACUACGAGAAUCUCAUCAAGGGCAUGAUGAACAACCUACGGGUGAUGUCGAGGGAGAUUACGCCACAAUGA